AUGGCAAUUAGGUCCUUGAGAGUGAGAGAUGCUCUGGUAUACCGUGACCAUGUCCAGGCAAUAAAAUCUGGUUAUGUAUCAUGCAUUUACACUUGUAAUCAACUCAUUCACCUUUAUUCCAACCAUGGCCUUUUGCAAGAGGCCCACAAACUGUUCGAUGAAAUGCCCCACCCGAAUGUAUUCUCUUGGAAUGUCAUAAUCAUGGCUUACAUAAAAGCACACAAUUUGACUCAGGCACGAGCCCUUUUUGACUCUGCCUUUCACAGAGAUUUGGUUUCUUAUAAUUCCAUGUUGUCGGCUUAUGUCGGUCUGGAUGGGUACGAGACUGAGGCAUUUGAUUUGUUUACUAGAAUGCAAUCUGCACGUGACACAAUUGGGAUUGAUGAGUUCACUCUCACAACCAUGCUUAACCUUGCUGCCAAACUACGUGUGCUGCGUUAUGGGAAGCAGAUGCAUUCAUAUAUGGUGAAAACUGCAAAUGAUUUAAGUAAAUUUGCUUUGAGUUCUCUCAUAGACAUGUACUCUAAAUGUGGUUCCUUUCAAGAAGCAUGUACUGUAUUUGGCGGUUGUGAUGGGGUGGUGGACUUGGUUUCAAAGAAUGCAAUGGUUGCAGCUUGUUGUAGGGAAAGAAAGAUGGACAUGGCCUUAAAUAUAUUUUCGAAAAAUCCUGAAUUAAAUGAUACUGUGUCUUGGAACACAUUAAUUGCAGGGUACGCCCAGAAUGGCUAUGUGGAGAAUUCACUUACCUUGUUUAUUGUGAUGACUGAAAAUGGUAUUGGUUUCAACGAACACACUUUAGCAAGUGUUUUGAGUGCUUGUACAGGUCUAAAAUGUUUAAAACUUGGCAAGUCUGUUCAUGCUUGGGUUUUGAAAAAGGGUUACAGUUCAAAUCAAUUUAUUAGCAGUGGCAUUAUUGACUUCUACUCUAAAUGUGGGAAUAUCAGAUAUGCAGAGUUAGUCAAUGCAGAAAUUGGGAUUAAAAGCCCAUUUGCAGUUGCUUCAUUGAUUGCAGGCUACUCAUCUCAAGGUAACAUGACAGAAGCCCAAAGGCUUUUUGAUUCUCAGUUGGAAAGAAACUCUGUUGUAUGGACAGCUCUAUGUUCUGGCUAUGUCAAAUCACAACAAUGUGAGGCAGUCUUCAAACUUUUCAGAGAGUUUACAACUAAAGAAGCACAAGCUCCCGAUGCAAUGAUCAUUAUCAGUGUGCUUGGUGCCUGUGCAAUAAAAGCUGCCCUUAGUUUGGGAAAGGAAAUUCACGCUUACAUCUUGAAAAUGAGAUUUAAUGUGGAUAAGAAAUUACUGAGUUCUUUGAUUGAUAUGUACUCAAAAUGUGGAAAUGUUACUUAUGCUGAGAAAAUCUUCCUACUCGUUACUGAUAGUGAUAGAGAUGCAAUCUUGUAUAAUGUAAUGAUAGCUGGUUAUGCUCAUCAUGGUUAUGAAAAUAAGGCAAUUCAUCUUUUUCAGGAAAUGUUGAAUAAAAAUGUCAUUCCAGAUGCAGUCACUUUUGUUGCACUUCUAUCAGCUUGUCGGCACUGUGGAUUAAUUGAACUAGGAGAGCAAUUUUUUAUUUCGAUGGAACAAGAUUACCAUGUAUUUCCGGAGAUUUACCACUAUGCAUGUAUGCUUGAUAUGUAUGGAAGGGCUAAUAAACUAGAAAAGGCAGUAGAAUUCAUGAGGAAGAUUCCCAUACCAAUAGAUGCUACAAUCUGGGGGGCAUUUCUUAAUGCUUGUCAGAGGAGCAGCGAUGCAGCACUUGUCAAACUGGCAGAAAAGGAGAUAUUAAAAGUUGAAGUAGAUAACGUGUCUAGAUAUGUGCAGUUGGCCAAUGCCUAUGCUGCCAAAGGGAAAUGGGGUGAGAUGGGAAGAAUAAGAAAGAAAAUGAGAGGAUACGAACCUAAGAAGCUUGCUGGUUGCAGUUGGAUAUUUGUUGAAAAUGGUAUUCAUGUAUUUACUUCAUGUGAUACAUCUCAUUCAAAAGCAGAUGCAAUAUAUUCAACUUUGAUAUGUUUGAAUGGGGAAAUGUAUUUAUCUUUCAAAGAACUGAAGCAGCUUAAUGAAAUUCAGGCUGGCAUUUAG